GCCGAAGCUGGACCAUGGGCUGUGUCAAGUCCUGAGAUGACCGUCGGUGCUGUUGAUAAGAACUACACAGACUUUAUCUUUGACCAGCGACUGAUCCAUCUGGAAGUGUUUCCUUUGUCGAUUGAGGAGCUUGAGACAGUUGAUCGCAAUCAACAUGGCUACAACAUUGACCCUCUCUCUGAAGGGGAGAAGGGUCUCCUCAUUCAGACUUCUUUACAACGGUUGCGCCAUCCUCUCGUUCGCUAUGUUUGUGGCGAUGUUGCAUCUCUUCACCCGUUGCCAGAGACAGUUCAGAGAAAGCUCCCGCAAGAGACCAGUCAUCAUUAUAAAGUUGUGCGAAUAUACGGACGAGAUCGGAGAAUCAGCUUCGACUGGUACGGGGAAUAUUUCGAAUUUCACAUUGUACAAGCACUUAUGCGAACGGAGUCGUGGGGUGUCCUGCAAUAUCAGAUCAUCCUUCGUAAUAAGGAAGAGGAUGCCUCAGGUGUUGCUACUGUCCUAGAAGUUCGCAUCCUACGCGGCACGGGAAAUGGACAGAUAAGUGAGCAAGAGCUGACCAGGGAAAUCCGCAACUUCUUCAUGGUUUUCGAUUUCAAUGAGGAGCUAUUCCAGCUAAUCUUCCUAUCCAACUACAGCGGGUUUGUUCGAAGUACGACUGGGAGGAAAGUCAUCAACUUCGUUAACUGGACAGGAAAGAGUUGAAUUUCGUCUCUUUGCUUUACUGCCAGCUAG